CGGAACUCGCCCGUGCCAUCUCCGUCGCUGCCGGUGUGUCCAUCUCUGCCGCAGCCAUGGGGAUCCUGGAGAAGCUCUCGGAGAUCGAGAAGGAGAUCGCUCGGACGCAGAAGAACAAGGCCACCGAGUACCACCUGGGCCUGCUGAAGGCGAAGCUCGCCAAGUACCGGGCUCAGCUCCUGGAGCCUUCCAAGUCGGCCUCAUCCAAAGGAGAGGGCUUCGACGUCAUGAAGUCGGGUGACGCCCGGGUGGCCCUCAUUGGAUUCCCCUCUGUGGGUAAGUCCACCUUCCUGAGUCUGAUGACCUCCACAGCCAGUGAGGCCGCCUCCUACGAGUUCACCACCCUGACCUGUAUCCCCGGGGUCAUCGAAUACAAAGGCGCCAACAUCCAGCUCCUGGACCUGCCUGGCAUCAUUGAAGGCGCAGCGCAAGGGAAAGGCCGCGGCCGGCAGGUGAUCGCGGUGGCGCGCACGGCUGAUGUCGUCAUCAUGAUGCUGGACAAAGGAGAGGUGCAGAGGAGCCUGCUGGAGAAGGAGCUGGAGUCCGUGGGCAUCCGCCUCAACAAGCACAAGCCCAACAUCUACUUCAAGCCCAAGAAGGGAGGCGGCAUCUCCUUUAACUCCACGGUCACGCUGACCCAGUGCUCGGAAAAGCUGGUGCAGCUCAUCCUACACGAGUACAAGAUCUUCAAUGCAGAAGUGCUGUUCCGCGAAGACUGCUCUCCAGACGAGUUCAUCGACGUGAUCGUGGGCAACCGGGUGUACAUGCCCUGCUUGUAUGUUUAUAACAAGAUCGACCAGAUCUCCAUGGAAGAAGUGGACCGCCUGGCCCGAAAACCUAACAGUGUGGUCAUCAGCUGCGGCAUGAAGCUGAACCUGGACUACCUGCUGGAGAUGCUCUGGGAGUACCUGGCCCUGACCUGCAUCUACACCAAGAAGAGAGGCCAGAGGCCAGACUUCACGGAUGCCAUCAUCCUGCGGAAGGGGGCCUCCGUGGAGCACGUGUGCUACCGCAUCCACCGAUCGCUCGCCAGCCAGUUCAAGUACGCCCCUCGUGUGGGUAAGUGUGGGCAGGAGGCGGGCGGUGGGCACGCACCCUCUGUAGUCUGCCUGUCCCGAGCGCGGCAGACCCACGCCAGCCCAGAGGCUGACGUGGCCUCUCUGCCCACCCCUGCCAGGGCACGAGCACCAAGUACAGCCCCGCAGCGCGUGGGCCUCUCCCACACCGUGGAGCACGAGGACGUCAUCCAGAUCGUGAAGAAGUAG